AUGGUUGACCCCUUCUCCAUCAUAUCAACACUGGAUCUUUGCUUCAAAUAUGGCUCGAUACUGGUCGAACUGUGCUCUGCCUUCAAAAAUGCGACAAGUAAAAUCAUCGAGGGAGUACUUCGUCUGAAGAAUUAUUGGAUACGAGCCGAGGUCCAAUUGAAAGUAGUGGAAAGCAUAGCGCAUACACUGGACGAUGAGCAUCAAAAGAUACAGCAGGAAACACUGGAUUUGCUUGCAAGCAAACUCAAAAUCGCGGUGCAGAGUAUUGAGUCGGUGAUCAAAAGCAAAGAUCCCGAUGAUGAGUUGGCUAUAGUCCGGGUCAAGCGAUGGAAGUAUGCGCUGGUUCAACAGAAGAUCGAGAACGCAAUACAAGACCUAGAGCUUUGGCAGCAAAUGUUUGAUCCGUCGUGGUAUUUGAUCAUAAAGGCAGCCAACCCCCAGAUCGACACUGAACUAAAGGUAUAUAAACAAACUAUUCCAGCAGAGGGUCAAACUCCGUUGGUAUUGGCCAGAUCGCUAAGAUCAGCAUUGGCUCCUACACCCACUCAUCACCAAACGCCCAUAUUUCUUCCCGAAAAGGGCCUGCACGCUUUGCAGUUAGACAGUAUACCACUAUGCUCUGCCAAGUUUGGACAGCGAGAGGGAGAUAUUUCGAAGGCAUUGAUCGUGGAGCGGAUCCAUCGCUUUCCCGAAACUGAUAUCAGACAGCUUGAGAGGGACGUUCGGGAUUUAGCAAGGAAGCUGGCGCACUCUAGCCCCCUGGAGUUUGGCCUUCUGAACUGCAAAGGUGUGAUCAAGUACUUUGAGCAGGAUAUAUAUCCUGUAGGACCGUCCGCAUUUACGUUUGUAUUCCGCAUACCUCCGGGACUGUCCCAGCCCCAAAGCCUUCGCAGUGUGCUCCAGCAUAUGAAACAGCCGGACUCUCUUUCAGAUCGGUUCCGACUCGCUAACGAGCUUGCGAGAGCCGUCAGCUACGUGCAUACGUUUGGAUUUGUGCAUAAAAAUAUUCGACCGGAGACAGUACUGCUAUUGCGCAGCGAAGAUGCCUCUAUUGGUUCCACGUUCCUUAUUGGAUUUGAUAGUUUCCGGUCCGCCGAGGGCAAGACAAUACGCAAAGGUGACUUGGCAUGGGAGCGAUGUCUCUACCAGCAUCCGGGGCGGAUAGGACCAACCGCGAGGGAGGAUUACAUUAUGCAGCAUGAUAUUUAUAGCCUUGGUGUCUGCUUACUCGAAUUGGGUCUAUGGGAGUCAUUUGUGUUGUAUGGCGAGGGCUCCGAGGAAGACUUGGGGUUGAGCAAUGAAGAGGUUUCCACAACGAGAACAACUCCAGCGCCCGUUCUUGGAUCAGACCGCUCUUCAUCAUCAUCACACCUGGACCGUCUGCUUUCUUUGGCUCGCGGAGAACUACGAACCAUAAUGGGAACGCGAUACUCCGAGGUGGUGGUGACCUGUUUGACCUGUCUAGACCCCGGAAACGUUGAUUUCGGCGAUGAAAGCGAGUUCCAGGACGAUGAUGGAAUCCAGGUUGGAGUCAUCAUGCGGCUUAACGGUAUAUUUGUUUAG